AUGGUUAUAAAUGACGCAAGUACGGCAAAAAAUCGCUCAAAAAGAGCCCUUUCCCAAGGUGAUGAUCUAACUACCACACUACUGCAGCAAAAUCUGCGGAGCUACUAUCGUUGCACUACAAUUGGUUGUAAUGCAAAGAAGAGAGUGGAGCGGUACAUGGAUGAUCCCACCCAUAUACUAACCACCUAUGUGGGUUUGCACGCUUAUGAUUUGCCACCAAUCCUCCCUCCUCCAUCAAGAUCUUUCAACCUCUACAAUAACUCCACCAUAAACCCUAAACUUGGUAAAGGAAGCGGUGUACAAAAACUUAUACUUUCAGAUGCAAGUUCAGGUGCAAGGAAAAGAAUGUACGCCAACAACACUAUUACUAGUGUUAAUGUUAGAACUGACAGUGAUAGUUGUGUUAAUGACGUUGGCUCGAUUGAGGAUAUUGGUACCGGACUGCUUGAGGAUAUUGUUAAUUUGUCAUCAAUAGCACCUCAUUAUCAACAUCAUCAACCAACAUCUCUAUAG